CACAUACACAUUAUCUUCCAAAGCUCUAAAAAGCUAACGAGUUGAACGUUGCUUGGAUCCUCGUAUCCACAUACACAUUAUCUUCCAAAGCACUUCAAUAUCUGUUUCUAGAUCUUGAACUCAGAUUAAGUUCAUCAAUCUACGACAAAGAGCGUAUCCAGAUCGAUGACCAGAAAGAUGAUGAUGCUAUUUUAGGCUGCAAGAAAGCACGGAACUUCAGGAGAAAAGAUCAAUUAGAAGAACUACGGAAUGUUUUGCAUGGAAGUAUCCACUCUCCAUACAAGAUGACAAUACCAAAAUAUUAGCAUCAGCCUCUCUUUCACUCUGCGUACGUCCUGCAUGAAGAGUAACUGCAGGCCUCUUGUUUAACUGUCGCGGCUGUGGAAAGCGAAGAAUUCUAGAGAAAUAAAAGAGUUGUUUGGUUUGUCAUUUACGCAAGAAGACAAAAGUGGUGUCUCAAAAUGGCAUUGGAACUUGUAGCAUUGAAAUUGGCAGAGGCUGUUGUAUCCCAAGUAGUCCAAGCCCUCACUGACCUACUAAAAAAUGAAGCGGUCGCCUUGAGCAGUGUGAAAGAAGAUGUGGAGUACUUGCAAGAAGAAUUGAUAAUCAUGAUGGACUUCUUAAAAGAUGCUGACAAGAAACAGGAACUAGAUAAUCUUGUCCGCAGAUGGAUAGCUGAAGUUGAAGAUUUAGCCUGUGAAAUUGAAGAUGCCAUUGAAACCUUCAUCUACAAGGUCAACUCCUCGUACAAGAUCAAAGCUAUGCUCCAUCAACGCGAACUUCAGAGGAAAAUUGUCUCCAUCAAGAACAAGAUAGAAAUUCUCAAUCGACGAAGGCAAAUGUACAAUAUAGAACGUAGCAGUGGUGAAGGAACCAACAGUUCACGGAGGAGUUUGAGAAUGACGUACCCGGAUGAUGAUGAUGAAGACGACAUUAUCACGUUGAAGGAUACCACGGCAGCUUUGAAGGCUCAACUGAUGGCAGAGGAAGAUCGUCUUUGUGUGGUGUCCAUUGUGGGGAUGGGGGGACUCGGAAAGACUACACUUGCAAAGAAAGUAUACAACGAUGUUGAUGUGAAGAAGCAUUUUGAUUGCUAUGCUUGGGUUUUUGUCUCUCAACAGUGUGCGCCAAGGGAUGUUUGGUCGGAAAUCCUAAUGCAAGUUGGCUUUCACUCUGAUCAGCCUGAAAGAACAACUUUGGGGGGAAAAAAAUACACAAGACAGUCGUUGGAAAAAAUAAAAAAUAAAAGAGAGCUUGUGAAAGAUUUAGAUGAUCAUGAGCUAGCUGCUGCAAUGAGAAGUACACUACAAGAGAAGCGGUAUCUUAUCGUUCUUGAUGAUAUUUGGAGCAUUGAUGCUUGGCACAGUGUCAAAAAAGCUUUUCCAAAAGGAAAGCUCGGAAGCAAAGUUGUAUUCACUACACGGAAUGAGAUAGUAGCUUCAAUUGCUGAUCCUCAGAGCUCCCCCAUCAAACUUCCACUUUUAACACGCAAUGAGAGCUUGGAGCUUCUUAAACUAAAAGCAUUUCCAAAAGACGAUUCUGCUCAACAUGGUUGUCCAUUAGAUUUGGAGGAAGUAGGAAAGCAGAUGGUGGAAAAAUGUGGCGGACUACCUGUUGCAAUCGUCGUGCUUGGAGGCUUAUUAAGAACAAAAAUGAAUUCAUUGGAUGGAUGGAAAAAGGUGCAAAAGGAUGUCCAAGCAAGCAGCAUCAAUAAGCUUAAAUCGGAAAAACAAUACGGGGUGGAAGACAUCUUGGACUUGAGCUUCCAAGACUUGCCUUAUUAUUUAAAAUAUUGCUUUCUUUAUUUGGGUAGAUUUCCGGAAGAUAGUGAGAUACCAAAAGGAAAACUGAUUCAACUGUGGAUCGCAGAAGGUUUUGUGCCGACUACGGAAACAGAAGAUGCUGAGCAAUACUUGGCAGAAUUGAUCAACAGAUGCAUGGUUCAAGUUGGCAAAAGGGAGCCUGUAAGGAACGAUGUAAAGACAUGCAGAUUGCAUGAUCUAAUGCGAGACUUCUGUAUGUCCAAAGCAAAGGAAGAAAUGUUCUUAGAGGUUUUGCAGCCAAAUGAGAUGAAUAAGUUUUCUACUGCUACUCGUUCACGAAGAAUUGCUAUUAAUGUUAAGCAUGAUCUUGUUCAGCAUACGCGCUGGGUGGAAAAAGUAUGUCCUCAUCUCUGUUCUCUUCCAAACUCUGUUUCAACACCUUGGGCGGAACAAGUACACUCUAAUCUUCGCUCUCUUUUGUGCUAUGUUCCAAUUUUAUCUAUGAGACAGAAGAAAUUUGCCUUGUUAAGAGUGUUGGAACUUGAUUUUAUUUUGGAACGGGUAACCAAGCUUCCAAAAGGAAUCGGUAAUUUGAUUCACUUGAGGUACCUGAGAGUAAGCGGUGUUACAAAAUUAAGAUUGCCAUCCAUAGGCAACUUGCGAAAUUUGCAAACUCUGGAUCUUGCAAAUAAUGAUGAGGUCUCGCUUCCAAGCACAAUGUGGAGGUUGAGAAAUUUGAGACAUUUGUUAUUACCUUAUAGGUAUUCACUUCCUUUCUGGACAAGCAGGCCUAUUUUUAAAAAUGAUGUCGUAACAAAGCUUGAGACUUUGAUGAUAAAUGCAAAGGAUUUGAUCAGACAUAAUGCAGUUCUUCCACUGAGGAAUAUUCAAGCUUUAGGAAUAUGGGAUAUUAGAAGUGAUAAGGAAGUUACCUUAGUCCUUGAGUCACUCAACUCUCAAUCUCAAUCCAGUGGCCUUCGAACAUUGACGAUGUACUUUUGGGAUGGAGAAUUUCCGAAGCUUGAAUUGCUUUCUCAUUGUCACGUUCUGUUGAGUUUGGAGUUGGGGGGUGCAGUAUCGCACGAAAACAUUUCAUUUCUGCCACCAAGCCUCACAGAAUUUCGUAUACAUAAUUGUAUGUUUACUCAGGACAAAAUAGAGGUUUUAGAAAAGAUGCCAAACUUGAGAAUUCUCUCCGUGAAUUUCGACACUUCCUUUAAAGAUAGGUAUAAAUGGGUUUUCUCCGUCGAUGGAUUCCCUAAGCUGGAGAUUCUUGAACUCAGUUUCUUAGUGGGAUUAGAGGAGUGGAAAUUCUAAACUCGAAUCAGCGAAAUAAACGGAUCCGUAAAUUGAAUGUUGCUGGCAUGGUGAAGGAAUUUGAGGACAAGAUAAGAGUAAAUGAAGACGGAAUUGAAGGGGAAGAUUUCUACAAGGUGCGCCACAUUCCCGCCAUCUCAAUCUCCAACAUUCUUGGUACAUAGGGAUAUGUUGAGUCCUUUCUAUAUACAUAAAAUCCAAGUUCAAUCCUUCUCUAAUUUAAUCUUUCUAUUUUGAGUUUGUUUGUUUGAUAAGUAACGUUUUCUGUAUACACUUUUUUUCCUGUCAUAUAAAUUCAUGCCUUUCCUCA